AUGCAGAGAAACACCAUCCGCGACUCCAAGCCGCUCGGGGCGCGGCUGGACGAGGCUCGCGCGGCAUCGGCCCGAGCGCAGGCUCGACGUGCCGAGGCCGCCAAGGCCCUCGAGCUUGCCCAGGCCGCCAUCGUGGCCUCGGAGAUGGAGAUCGCCAGCUUCACGGCCAACGUCGAGGAGCUGGAGAAGUCGACCAAGUCCGCGGGCGACGUGGCCGCAGACGUCGCCAUGGACAGCCCCUCCGGCCCCAAGGACGUGCCUGCCUCCAUCGGCACCCAGCUCCAGUCGCGGGUUGCCACCCUGCAGACCGACUCCCACGUGAACCCACUCCACACCGAGGCUGCCGGCAAGCGGGACGACGUCUCCGACGAGGAGUUCAUCGAGGUCCCCUGGCUUCGCCACAGCACCAAGAAGCCGCCCCUCAAGCAGUCCACGCUCUUCGGCCAUGGUUUCACGGCCGUCCGCAAGAGCGUGGCCAAGCCAAAAAACUAA